AUGGCGUCGAGCGGGCUUUUCGAGUCCUCUGCACAUCAGCUAUUCCGUCGCUGCGUCCAGUGCCCCCCUGAUCCUCCCAGCUGCCCAGCAUGCGACGUGGAUGAGACUUGCUCCUUGACCGCUCAGUCAUGCGACUCUUGUGCAUCCACCACCUGCGUAAAGAUUGGAUCUCUGCCUGGUCAAUCAGCACCGAAAAAGUCUACACCGGUUGGCCCUAUCGUCGGCGGAGUCGUUGGAGGUGUCGUCAUUCUGGCUGCCAUUGUUUAUCUGGUCUAUCGGUAUCGAAUUCGUAAGAAACGACGCGCACCGACUUGGGAUCCUCCCGAGAAGAGGGAUCAAUCCACCCUUCACCGCGCAGACCGUCAAUCCACUAGGUCUGCCCACUCGAUCGCCUCCACUGUUUUUACGCGAGCCUCAAAUGUCAUCCAGAUAGCCUAUAUUCCAGGAGUUACCGUGCGAUCGCCCCCAGACUCCCCGGGAGUCAUGAUCCCACCCGUGCCUUCAAUUCCUGGAGGCAUUGCCACCAACUCUGCCACCGGGUCACCCCAGCUGGAGCAACAUUUCUUCAUGCCGAAGGAUCUGAGAGAUUCCACGUGGUCUGACGCGUCUUCCCUCGAUCCACGAAUCAGUCUGGCCCCGAGCUUGGCUCGCGCAAGCGUGGCGACCACCAUUUACCGCAAUGAUGCUAUUGUCCCACCUAUACCAGCUCAGCAGGCCUUCCGAGCGCAAGCCAAUGUUGUGAGUGUCAAGUCCGGAUCGAACACUCCGGGAUCCUCCUCGACCCCGAGCGCGAGGACGCCACAGAUCCCGCAAGUCCCGCAAAUGCCCAAAUUGGGAAGCAGCAACAGCUCCAUUGUUGCGCGAAACGUAACGGCACGGCCUAUCGAGGUCAAGAAAAUCAGUUCAGGGGCUCGAGUCCCUACACUGGCAAAUCUGGCCAAAGAAGCCGCCCGAAAGAGCAGCACUGCGGCAAGCUCCAAGGAGAGCAUUCCUUUUUUCGUGGACGAAAAGGAGGUCGUGCCUUCGCCCGCGACGACCACCCCGAUGACCAUCCUCGACGAUUCCCCGAUCUCACCUCUGGUGAUUCCUAAGCAGCCCUUUGCUGCUAAUCACUCGGCGAGAUCGUCAUCGGUGAGCGCCAUUCUUUCUCUGGAUGGUUCUCAAGAAGGCUCCUCGCGCGGGCCCACGCACCGGCACACUGGCAGCGCCACCUUGAGUGCCGUGAUUGAGGACGCUAUCAAACGUGCACGGAACCCCGAACACAUGAAUGUGAGCAGUCCAACCCUACGGCCAGAGCUGGUCAAGCAUGACUCCGGACCGUUCUCGGACGCCAAUGAAGUGAAGGAGAAUUUACCUUGA